GCACCCCAACCAUGCCCGCGGGCGUGUCCUGGGCCACCUACCUGAGAAUGUCCACUGCCAGCCUCCUGACCAUGUGCGCCGGGGCCGAAGCCGUGCACAGGUAUUACCGGCCGGACCUGACAAUACCUGAAAUUCCACCAAAGCCUGGAGUACUCAAAACGGAGCUUUUGGGACCGAAAAAGAGACAACAUGAACCUCAAAUUUCUCAACAAUAAAAACCUCAAAAUACUUAACUCUGCCAACAA